AUUCAUCAUCAGGCCAGAAAAUCGAAAUCUAUUCAACAACAACAACGACAAUAUUCACCGACUAUGAUUUCUUCAACAUCGAUUAAUUCAUUACCAUUACCAUUACCACCAUCAUCAACAACAACAACAACAAGUUUUACGAAUCAUAUUUUAUCAAAAUUUAAUGUUCCUUCUACCAGUACAAUACCAAUAAAAAUUAAUGAAAAUUCUUCAACAUCAUCAGAAAUUGCAACAUCAGCAUUAGAAAUUCCAGAACAAGAACGAAAUUUUGCAUUAAAUUCAUUCAAUUUACAAUCAUUAUCUACUGGUAAUAAUUAUCUUAGUCAAUCAUGGAAAAAUGCAUUACAAAUGUCAGCAUUAAAUAUGCCUUCAUUACCGGAUUAUUUUACAUCGGUACCGAUGCCAUCGAUGCCAAAUAUAACAAUGCCUAAUCUACCUUCAAUGCCAACAAUAACAAUGCCAUCAAUGCCUUCGAUGCCAUCAAUGCCUUCGAUGCCCAAUCUUUCAAUGCCAAAUAUUUCGAUGCCAAACAUUAAUCUACCAUCGAUCAGUGAUUUUAUGCCUUUUUAUCUAGGAAAAAAUAUAAAAUCUUGGGAACAAAUUUGUCAAUCAGUACGUGAAGCAAGAAAAAAAUAUACAUCAAUUUGUCCAUCAUUACCAUUUGAUUUUAAUUUUUCAUAUGAUUUAAAACAUGAAAAACUUCGUAUAUAUUUUUUGGCAUCGAUUAAUUCAUUGGAAACAACACUUUAUUACUGUGAUGUUGAUUUGCUCAAAAAUUCAAACAUAAUAACUCAACAACAACAACAACAACAAAACAAUGAAGAUUUAUUUGAUUUUAUUGGUAAUCAUCAACAAUCAUCAUCUAAUCAAUGUGAUUUUCCAAUAGAUAUUGAACAACAACACGAAGAAGAACAAGAAAAUCCAUCAUUAAAACCAGUAAAUUUAUUAUCAUCAUCAUCAUCAUCAACAACAACAUUUCAACAACAAUGUUAUCAACAAAAAAUUGAUAAUGAUAUAAAUUCUGAAACAAAUAUCGAUAUUGCUGAUUGUGAUCUUGAUAAUAAUGAAAGUUCUGGUUCACCUACUUCGAUGACAUUAUCAACACAAUCAUUAUCAUCAUCAAAUUCAGAUGAAUCAUAUAUGAAUACAUCAUUGUUAAGAAAAUCUAUUACAUCACCUACACCAUCAAUUUCAAAUCUAGAUACAAUCGAAUGGAAAUCAUUGAUUAUUAAUCUUGAUGAAUUAAUUAAUCUUGAAUCAUAUUCUCAUCAACAACAAACAAAUAAUGAUGAUGAUGAAUCAUCAUCACAACAACAGCAAUCAUCAUCAUCAACAAAUUCACCAGAAGAAGAUUUAAUUUUACAACGUAAACGAAUAAUUUUGAAUGGAAUAUUUUCCUAUGAUUUUCAUCCAAAAUUAGCAAGAUUUGUUUUUACAAUGAAAAAUGCAAUCUAUUGGUUUGAUGAUAUUGCAAUAACCGAAGAAACUAGUCAUUUAAAAGAUUCGAUUCAUGAAAUGAAUGUUGAAAACAAUGGUGAUAAUGAUGAUGAUAAGACGUCUUCAAUGAAGAAAAAUCAUUUUUGUCCACCAUAUAUACCACGGAAAUUGAUUAAUAAUGAUUUUAUUAAAUUGAAUGCAACAAUAUGUCCACAUCAACCGGAUUUAGUUGCUUAUACUGCUGAUAAUGAUCUUUGGGUUUGUGAUUUGAUUUCCGGGUCGGAAAUUCGUUUGACCAAUACCUACUAUACAAAAACGGCAAUUAUGGCCGGUAGACCUUCGUUUGUAAUGCAAGAAGAAUUUUCUCGUUAUACUGGAUUCUGGUGGAGACCAUCUUAUCGAAACUAUCAAAAUGUUUAUACAAUUCUUUGUGAAUUUGUUGAUGAAUCAGUUGUUGAACGUAUUUCAAUUUCAGGCUGGGGUAAUAUGGAUGAAAUACAUCGUUUUCCAAAACCUGGAUCGACUAAUGCAAAAUCUACAUUAAAACUUGUUCAUUUUGCUUUCAUAAAUCCAAAUGGUGGUGAUGGUGGUCGAUUAAUAGAUCGACAGUUACGAUUAUUAAAAAUUGAAGAUUUACAUGAACGAUUAGAAUCAAUAUAUCCUGAAUAUGAAUAUCUAAUACGAUGUGAUUGGUUGAAUGAUGAUGUAAUAUGGAUACAGCUUUUAAAUCGUCAACAAAAUCAUUUAGCUAUUGUUUUAUAUUCAACAACGGAUAAAUUUCCAUCACAAAUUAUUUAUACUGAAUCACAUCAUGAUCAUUGGUAUAAUUGUCAUGAAAUUUUAUAUUUUUUCAAAAAUAAAUCUUUAAAUAUUGAUAAUGAUGAUUGUAAUAAUGAUAAUAAUCAAGAUGUUAUAUUGGAAGGAAGUAAAAUUGAAUUUUUAUGGUCAUCCGAAUUGAGUGGUUAUCGUCAUUUGUAUAAAAUUUCGGUUGAAAUUGCUGAAUUUCCAUCGAAAAUUUCAUUGAAUAAUAAUGAUGAUGAUUCAAUGGCGAAUAAAGAUGAAAAACCAAUAGAACAAAUAAAUCAUGAAAUGAAAGCAAAAUUAUUGGAAAAUCGUCAAUUAACUAAUGGUAAUUGGGAAGUAUCCGAAUCAAUGUAUUGGAUUGAUGAACAAAAUGAUUCAAUAUUUUUUCUUGGUACACGUGAUAGUCCAUUGGAAAAUCAUCUUUAUGUAAUAUCAUCCAAACAAUCAUCCAGGAUUGCACCUAAACGUCUUUCAAAAGAAGAUUUUACUCAUACUAGAAUUGUAUUUGAUCCGGAAUUUAGAUUCUGUAUAGAUUUUCAAUCAAACGUAUCGAUUCCACCAUUUGCUUAUCUACAUAAAUUAAUAUCACCUGCGGAUAAUCCUACAAAUAUUACUAUAGAACCACAAUAUAUGUUUUUAAAUCUUCCCGAUGAAAUCAGAAUAGAAGAUUCAAUGGAAUAUUAUGAAAAAGUACAAAUUUUGGGUCCGACACCACAUUUAUUUGAAUGUAAAUUACAAAGUGGUGAAUUAAUUUAUGGAUUUCUUUUCAAACCAGAAUUUAUGGAACCAGGUUUUAAAUAUCCAGUGCUAUUGGAAAUAUAUGGUGGUCCAGAAGUGCAAUCAGUUACAAAAUCUUUUAAAGAUUUAAGAUAUCAUCGAAGACAUUUAAUCGCUUCCGAAGGUUAUAUUGUUGUUGGUUUUGAUUCACGUGGAUCAAAACAUCGUGGUGUUGAUUUUGAAAAACAUAUCUAUAAACGUUUAGGACAAGUUGAAAUUGAUGAUCAAGUAGAAGCAUUACAAUGGUUAGCUGAUAAUACUGGAUUUAUUGAUAUGAAUCGUGUUGCUAUUCAUGGUUGGUCAUUUGGUGGUUAUCUUUCAUUAAUGGCUUUAGUUAAACGACCAGAUAUAUUUAAAUGUGCAAUAGCCGGAGCACCGGUUACCAAUUGGUUAUUAUAUGAUACUGGUUAUACUGAAAGAUAUAUGGGAUUACCAACAGACAAUGCAGAAAAUUAUCGACGAAGUAGUAUACUUAGCUAUAUUAAAUACUUUCCAAACGAAUAUAAUCGUUUACUAAUAAUUCAUGGUCUAAUGGAUGAAAAUGUUCAUUUUUGUCAUACAGCACAAUUGAUUCAAGGUUUAGUUAUGGCCGGUAAACCAUAUCAAUUAAGUAUUUAUCCAUACGAACGACAUAGUUUGAAAAAAAUCAACAGUGCUGAACAUUUUGAAGCAACAUUAAUUCAUUUUUUGCAACAAAAUCUUUGAAUGAAAACGUUGAAAAACAAAAAAAAACCAAUUUGUACAAAACAAAAAC